AUGCGACGGGAGACGAGGAGAACCCAGAGAAACGUUUGGCGCAGACGGCGUGCAUGUGUGGCGGCGACAGCGGCGGCGGCCCGAUGUAAAGCCUGUUUCGCGCUACUUUUUGAACUAUGAACCGUUAUAUCCGUACUUUGUGUCAUCAAUCUCUUCUCGGACAUCAUAAAAGCUGAAGUACAGCUUCAAAAAAUGAGAUACCUCAAGACAGAAGGCUGGGAGGAGAGAAGAGCUUUGAAAAACGGAGAGGGUUGACAGAAUUUUGAAAAGUUUGAUUUUAUCCUUUCGGAUAAUUCUGCGUAAGAUGAAGUUUAUGAUAAACUUGUUUUAUGAACCGUUAUGUCCGUACUUUGUAUCAUUAAUCUGUUCUCAGACGUUAUAAAAUGGCUUCAAAAAUAAAACAUUCCAAGACUGAAGGCGUGGAGGAGGAAGGAUACUUGAAAAACUGACUAGGAGACGUUUUUUUAAAAUUUGUUACGGUCGGAUUUUAAAAAAAAAACUUUGCUUUAGGGCUACCCGAUAAUAAAACAAGAAACAUUUGAGAACAAAGCAAAAAAAAAUAAAACUCAUCUCUGAAGAGUAAAGGCGACUUCGAAAUAUGGAUCUGACAGAACUUUAGCCUCAUCAACCUGAUAAUCAACGACUUGGCCGUCUUCUCAGAAAUUUAUAGCUUUGUCAGUAAAAAUUUAUGACUUCGUUUCAAACCUCGAACAAAAUCGCAUUGGUUACUAAAAAUUAUAGGAAAAACACCUGUUCUCUAAUUCUCAGUAAGCAACCUCAUACAACUUCUACCGCGUUUCUCUACGUCAAAUUUUUUUUUCACUAAUCUCAUUUCCAAGUUUUUAAGAUCAAUUUUUUUUAAAAAAGGCGUGAAGUUAUGAUGGAGAGUAGAACUCAAGAAAAAAAAAUUACCAUCACAAUUUUGAGAGAGCGAAGUAGAUCUAAAAUAUUUUCUUUGCUGGAUAAAUAAUAUACAAAAUGUUAUAAGAAACUUUCGGAAACUUGAAAAUCAUGAAAAACAGCACCUGCUUGAACUUUAGUUAAGCCUGAAUCGAAUUAAAGGAACGAGAGUUCAAUCAACUCAGCAGAGCUUUCGCGACAAAUAAACGAGAUUUUCGGAUAAAUUAACCAAUUUGACCGGUCAAACCAAUUGAACCUCAUUAACCAUAGAUCGAUUAGAUAAGGCAACUAAAAAAAAUCUCUCCUUAUUGCAUUAAAAACAUUGAAAUACGAGUUUUUAAGUAGGAAAAAUGGUUUCGCGUUUUGAAAAGGUUUCUCCCGAAAAAUUGUCGACAUUCCAUCGAAAAGAAAUAAUAAAGAAAUAAAAAUUUCCGCACAAUAGAUGAAAAACCACGAGAUGUUCAACAAAGAAAACGACAAAUACAUAAAAGUUUUUUAUCCCUGAAAAAGAGGAAUGAAUUCGAAAUUUACGCGACAGAAACCGACCUUUAUUUCUUUGCUUUUUUUCCUCCGACGGGGCGGGAAAGAAAGUGAUUUUGCGGAGAAAAUCGAUAAAAGUUGGCGAAGAGAAAGAGCAUCAAAUGAGAAAGACUCGGUCCUGGCGAACGUUUUACACAGCGGAAGGGAUAAAAAACUAUGAGAGAAGGGCAAAAGUCAGUCUGAAGCUAAAUACAGAAGAUAUCGAUUCGGGAGCAGGUUUUCAUAUCAGAGGCUUGAGAAAAUUGAAAAAGAUAGCUCACCUGAUGAAUUUGAGCUCCAAAAGGCUUUUCUAAUCUAUUUGAGCUAAAUUGUAGCCUUAAAACAUUUCCUGUUCAUGAAACUGAUUGAUCGAAUAAACUUGAUAUAUAUUCUCGAAUUUUUGGCUGAAAUAUGAAGCUUACUUUUUUUUAAUGUUUCAUCAAGCUUCAUCAUCAAACUAGAUGGAUUGAUAACGUCAUUUUGUAAACUUUCAACUUCUGACUGAUAGCACAUAAUUAUUUUUAACCUAAUCCAGAGAUUAUUGUCACUAACUUCCACUAAUUAGCUACAAAUCCAUCCACAAAAAGCGUAUCAUUCCAACUACUCUUGCAAUGAGAAUCGCUCCGUUCACCGCUAGUUUGCAACUCGAAAUAAAUUCUUUACUUCGCUCUCCACGAUUCCAGUGAUCGUUUCAAAACAAAUUUCAGUGAUCAAUUAGUGUUGCAAAUACACAGACACCGACAGACAUCUUUCCAAGGAGAACACGAAUCAUCCAUGCAAAAAAGGCUCGAUGGGCGGAGUUUGGCCGGAAAAAGAAGGCCGUCCGUGGGAAACAGCACGCCCCGCCACGGCGGCUUCACGUGUACCGCCCGACCCGACUUGUUUCGGCGCUUCUGGAGCGUCGCCGGAUGACGUCGAUGACGUCGAUGUAUGUCAGAACCCAGAAGGCGAAGACGUCAGACGGCAACGUGCGUUGACAGGCGACAGUAAAGAAAGAGAAUAUAUAGGUUCGGAAAGUGAGAGAAGAUGGAAAUAGGUGAUCUAAAAAGGUCCUGUUCGCUUCAUGUACAUGUGCUUGGGAACGGAGGUUCACAAUGUUUAAACCUUUUCAGUUUCACUUAAAAAAAUUAAUAGAAAGAAGAAAUUGAAAAGAUCAUUACAAAAAGUUUUCAGGUACCCCAAGCUCCAUAUUUCUAAUUUCAUCACCGCAAGCUUCCAAUUUUUCAAGGCUGAAGAUCGUUAUUAUGACAGAUUACAGCAUUCCUCGAAUAGUUCAGAUACUAAACUAAAAACAAAGGUCAAGUCCAAAGUCAGAAGCUAUGAAUUACUUCUACUUCGUCAUUUUUUAGCUUGUUAGACACAUUUUUCUUGUCAUUGAGCCCUGAGGCGUAUUGUUUUGGUGGCCGUUAUUUUAAAAAGAAAAAAACCUUAAAAAAUACUGAAAGAAGGAGGAAAAAGGGGCAGAGUUCACCUUGAGAAUUCUUUAAACUAACAAGAUUUGUGACCCUAUAGAUGUCGUCACGCGAGAAAAGCAACCAAAUAGUGUAAAUUCUGUCACGAUGUUGUUUUUUUUUCGAUUUCAGUUGAAUUUCAAGCGGGAACCUGUAUAAAACAACGUUUCCCGUGAAAUUUCUCCCAUAAUCACAUGGUCGCAUGCUCUAAAACACCAUAAAACCUAGAGGGAUCGUAAGUUUCUAGUAGAAGAAACAGAAAUUCUGGAAUUCCAACGAGAAAAAAAAGAAUUUGUUUUGGCGUCUUCGGUGCGUUAGUUUUGGGACUACAAAGAUGCGGCGAAACUUUUUAAAACUUUAAAAGAGUUCAAAUCUUAAAAUAAAAACAAGAAUCAGUUUGAAACUUUUCAAGAAUUCAAACGGAAGAAAGGCUGCAGAAUAUGAUUGAAUGUUUUUUCUACGAGGAAAAAAAUCGCUCAUUUUUCGUGAAGUGUUUAGUUACGCCUUAUUUUUAUUAUUCAUAUGUAAGAAAUGAUUUUGCGAAUUCUAAAAAUGAUAAUUUUUUUGAAUAUAAAGUCUUCAAAAAAGAGUAUGAACUUCAAAAAACAAAAAAAAAGCUUUGUAAAGACGAUAAGAAAAAAAGAAACGUGAAAUCUGCCUUUGUCACAAAAAGUCACUGACACGUUAGGAAUUGGAAGCUCAAAAAAACUCUCGAGAUAGAAAAGAAUGAAUUUUAAUCAUAAAUGAAAAUCAAUUCACACCUCAGAAAGUAGAUCUUCUAUCUGGAAUUCGUGAUAAAAAAAGUCAUAAAAAGCACAGUAAUAUAUAUAUAUAUAUAUAUAUAUAUAUAUAUAUAUAUAUAUAUAUAUAUAUAUAGGAAAGGCUGAUUGAUAAAGGUGUUUUUACUGUAAUCUCAUCGAUCAUAAUUUUAAGAAAUCUGUGAAAUAUUUUACAACAUCUCCUAACGACAGAUUCCGAAAAGAUUAGUUAAGAUUUCCAUUUUUUUAAACCUAGAAAGUCUCCUUCAAAGUGCCAAAAAAGGGAAAAACAAGAAAUUUAGGGACAAGUGCGGGACAAGGGGGCGGCCGAAAUCAAUGAAGAGGUGAAGCUAUUUCUCAGAGCCGAACUCGGGAAGAAGGAAAAAAAAAGGAAAAAAAAAGCUGUUCAGUCAGUUGGGUUUUGCUCCGAAGGGGAGACUCUCAGCAAACAUUCCACGGGAGUCGGACGAAAAUAAAAUUAAAAAAACUGAAGAAGAGCCGACUCGACAUGAACUCACUGUUUUUUUCUCUUUUUUUGGCGUUAAAUAUCAGUCAGUUGGUCGGCCGAUAAGGCAGGUUAGAUGCCCUUUUGCGUAAGUAAACAAGGCGGGGCGACUCUUUUUCAGCCAUUCUUUUAUUUCCUCUUAAAACUCGAGCAAAGGUUACUUUUCGAUAGUCUCAUAACAUCCGAGAACAAAUUCAAGCACAAAGUACAAACAAAGUAAUUGAAAGUUCAAAAAUUGAAACCAAAAAGAUGAUUAAAAAUAUUUCUGUACGCGAAAAGAAUUCCUUCAUCAACUUUGAGUAUUUUUUUUCUUUUUUAUUAUGGGUGCAUAAAAAACGAAUUCUGGAAGAGAAUAGUGAAAGCUUCGUAUUUUAUGAGCUUCAGUGAUUUUCGAGAAAAAUCUAGCUUUCGAACUUUGUGGUGUCAAGUUUAUUUUAAUUCCAAACUCCAGACGUGAAAUUUCACGAUGUAAUAAAAAUAGUAUUUUCUAGCUCAGAAACUGAAACGUUUGCUAAGGCUUUAAAAACAAUUAUGUUUUUACAAUAACUACCCCGGUGCCAAGAGUUAGUAAAAAAACGAUGAUUAAAGAAAAUAAUCAAACAAGAAAAAUGACGGAAAAGCUAAAGGUAAUUGUUUGGUAAAAGGAAACUUUAAACUUUCCCCGUGUUGAGAUCUUUCGUUAAAUUGAGAAAAUACACUCUAGUUUGCGUAGAGACGGUGGUUUAUUGACUAAACAGUUACGAAAAAAAUUGAAAAGCGCUAAAUUUUUUUGACUCAAAAUCUCAAAGAAUGUAUUUAUUCAACUCUUGGAGAUUUUUGGAAACCAAUUAAAAAUGAAGCAUGAUUACUAACGAAGCUCGAAUGUUCUCAGAAGCUCAAUGAAAAUUAUUAUUAUUAGAAUAAGGCUUGUUCUGAAAAAAUUGAAAUAACCCAUCCUCUAUUCAAAAAACAAGAUUUGCAAUCUAAUAUGAUUCCUAUUUCAAGAAAGUAAUGCUGGAGAUGGAAAAACAACAGGUUUCCAUUCAAAAACCAAUGAGACAUCAAAAAAACUAAUUUUUCAUACCUUCGGUAGCAUCGAGGCGUCAUUUAGUGGGAAUGGCUCUGUUUGGGAAUCACCUAAACUUCACGUGCAAAUUUUCUUUAGAAAAAAAAAUUCUUUAAAAGAGUGGAGGAACAUAUAAAAAGCGGAUCAAUGAAAACUGAACCGAUGGGUUAAUUGAGCCAAGGACCUGAAAAUAAUCGAGAAGACGUACGGCGAGUGACCUGAUGGAGGGCGGUGAUAAGCGGCAAAAAUGAUUUGUCACCUUGACCAAAUAGUUCAAUCAUUCACUCUAAGAACUGGCCCGCCUGACGGCCCAAAAACAAUGAUUCGAAACAAAAAUAACCCGUUCUAACCGGUUGAAACGGCAAUGGCUCAAAAUAGUAACAUAGAUAUAUAUUCUUCAAAUGGUGGGAGAAAAAUGAACAGAAAAAUUUCUCUGAAAACUCUGGAAAAGGGGCAUUUCAAACAGUUACAGCGCUAAUCUGCUCAGCGGAAAUCACGAUAACCUCCCACAACUUGUUGAAAAAGAACGGACCGUUGGAAUCAAACAUCAAAGUUGAAAAUGAACAAGUUCUGGGUCGUAAGGAUGGAAGUUCGCGCUCCAUAAAUAUUUAACCUUGAUGAAAUUCGCCAAAAGAAGCCUUCAAAACCACCUUUUACCUACCAAUCUUCGAGGAAUCGACAAAAACAAAAGAAAUACAGUGCAUUCAUCUCAUUCAAAUGUAAAAUAUGUACAAACCUUUGAUCUUCAUAAAAAAAAAUUAAAAAUAUGACCUUCGUCCUUAACAGCAUUGACAUUGAGAGAAAAUGGGCGACAUUCCGUUUCAAGCUCUAAAAAAAUUAUGACAAGAUCAUUUUAUUGAAGAAACGUUUGAAGAACAAGGUUCUUAAACAAAAAUAAGAAGAUAUAUUUCAAACGAGUAGAUUAAAUAUAAUAACGGAUAAUGAAAACUUGAACGAAAAUAUUCGUUUUGAGAAGCUUUUUUUAGUCUUACCGAAACGGAUAUGAGAAAAAGAUAGAUUUUUAUCGAAAUUCUAAAUAUCGUGAGGUAUUGGAGUAUAAUAGCAACACGAAAGUAAAAAAGAAAUAUAGAGACUAAAUAAAACUAUAUGUUUACUUUUUACUCAAAUCUCUCUUUCUUUUAAUUUUAAAGUUAUCUCAUAAGUUAUUUUUAAAAUUUUGGUCAAACACUAAUAAUGAAUCAGAAACUAGUGCAACAUUGCAACAAGAGAAAAAUUUGAAUAGAAGUUUUUUUCUAAAACUUUCGAAGAGCUCUUGAGUUCUAGAGUUGAAAAAAAAAACUAAAGCUCUAAAGUUGAAAAAUAAAUUAGAAAAAUUGAAACUUUUCGUUUUGCGCGUGAAUGAAAAAGUUUUCCCUGCAAGCAGAUCCUUCGCAUACCGUUUCUUUUUAAAAUUUUAUAAAAUUUGUGAGCUGCUUUUAAUGUAUAUUUGAACAUUUAUUCAUCUUUCGCUGUUUUUCCGCAUUUUAUUGAAUUUUGAUUCAGUUUAUAAUGAAUUUCUUGCGCUUCGCAAAACUCCGUUUUAUUUAUUUCUGAUUUCUAACUAAAGCUUCCAUGCUCCGAUUUCCGUUCUACUGACAACUUUCAUUUACAUCUUCUACUUCAAAGACGACUACAAACAAGUUAGUUUGAUUUUUUUUUCCACGAACGAUCACUUAAUUUUUGAGAAUUUCUGAAAAUGAGCUGAAAACACAAAUUCUAAUUUUUCAAUUAAGGACCCUUUGAACUUUAUUUUUUUCAUACUGUGUUUGAAGGCUCAUAAUUCUUGUACCACCGAGAACAAAUAUUAAACUACUUUGUACUGUGAUAUAUGUUUUUUGGUCGAGUUUCAUAACAAUGAAACGUUUUUACUGGUAGGUUUUCAUGUUUGUUCGAUUAGGAAAGUUUUGAAAUUGCAAAUUUAGCCCCAUUUUUCACUAAAAGUUAAAGAAGACAGUUGAAAAGCGCCGAGUUUAGUUGGCCGGAUGGCCUUCUUUUGAAUUCAUACUUUCAUUUUGAACUGUUCAGACAGAACCAAGAAUUUUUUGAGCAAACACCUCAGAUAUUAUUCACAAAAUUCCCGAGUUUAUAGUUUCCAUUCGAACGUACUCGGGCUCGGAAGGGGCCGAGUGGCUUUCGAGUAGCCCCUCCAGCAUUUUGGACGUCCCAAGCCGGGGCCCAAACAGCCACAAAUGCUCAUUUCGACGCGAUGUGAGCGUUGUGCGUGAGUGGCGGCUGCCGCCGGCGGCCACACAACACACUCCGCCGACGAGACUCGAAAAGAAUCGGCAUCGGCGAGAACACUACGCGCAAAACGGCCAGUCGAUACGCGCGCGGUGGCGCGUCCCAGCGCUAACGUUGAUCGGUAGAAGACGAAAUGCCUCGGGCGCCGUCGUCGUCGUCACCGUCGCCAACACUCACACUCCCCCUUUUUCCGCUCACUUUGCUACCUUUUUUUUCUUCAUGCCGUUUUUGAUCUUGACAAAAAAACUGGCUCUCAGUAAAUCAAAAAUAAAAAUUCCUUCAAGUUUUUUGACUCGACUCCCAAGCUCAUCAAACAGCGCUGGACCGUAUUAUAAGUCAGUUUCCUUCAAAUGAACACUGUAGAAGAAAAAAAACCAUUUGAUAGAUCACUUGAGCCUCUUUAGUGUUUAUUUGAUGCAGGUAGAUCCCUCCACCUGUGUUCCGCGAGUAUCAUUGAUUCCAAGAAAAAAUCUUCGAAGAAAGUUUUGACUUUUCUGUUAAUCUUGAUUUUUUGCUACCUAGAGCUCAACGGAAGUAUCGGUGUGAUUAGCUGAUUAGAAAUGAAAUUUUCAAAAAAGUUAUUCUGAAAAAUGUUUAUACUCUCUCACAGUGUUCACAGCUCUCAAGCCGACGCUGAAAAAACUUUAUAUCUUUUUUUCUCGUAGGGAUAACCCAUUUUGGCCUUUUUGCACGUGAAGCUGAGUUUUUGAUUUCUAGCAUCACGGCUGCACUUUGAGGAAGAGUUUGAACGAAGGAAAAAGCGGAAAUGGCUACAAAAACAAAUUUUUAGAGUUAUGCUCAGCUUCAAGUUAUCUAGUUGUACAUUUGAUUUGCUUCUGUCUUACCCCUAGAAGAUGGCCAAAAAAGGAAAAUCAUGUCUUUGAACUUGAUUUUUCCUAUCUUUUCAGCAAUCUUCCAAUUGAAUUUUUUUUUUAGCCAGAUGAUUUCUCAGCCUCUAUAGUGGCCUCUUAAAGCUAUCCCAGUUUCAAAAGUUGUUGUUCGAGAUCGGAACCAUCGUCCCGCACGCUCAGCCGCACGCACGUUUACAAAUUGCGCUCGUCGCUUUUUUUUUCUUUUUCUCCACCCGCCGCCGCCUCGUUUUUGGCUUUCCAGCGCGACGAUGCAAUAAUUUUCAUUUUCAGGCCGACCGCAAUAUCGAAAACGGGGGGAAAAGAGGCCAUAAAUGUUACCGGCCGUCUCAGACUCCGACCUCCAGGGGUGAUUAUUCGGAUUUAUGCAAUCUCUGAGGGAAAUUAAAGAUUACUGGGGUUUAUAUAUUUUGGAUAGUAAAGUUAGAAACUUCGGCCCCAUAAAAGCCUUAUGAUUGCAAGAUUUGGCCUGGGGGAAUUAUGAAAAAAUAAAUAAUGAGAAUUUAUUUCCUGAACGGUUUCGAAACGAAGGAAAGAGAACUUUGAUUUCAAUUUUCCACCUCCAGUUCCUCUUCGAAGAAGUUUGAUGAGAGACUCGGGCUAUAAUCUCACAGAUUAGUCAUGAUAAUAUCUGGACCAGGCUCUUAUAUCAACCGAAUUUAAUCACGGAGGCUUUUGAAGGCUACGUCCGCGGUUUGCCGUCGUCGCACUCACUGGGAAUUGCAAUUUCAUCCAGCUUUUUAAGGAUUUGGUAGGUUUCGGCUCUUAGAACAUUUCAUAAACAGCAAGCUUAAUGUUCCAACAUCAGUUUUCCUUAGUUGGCUGUUUGAUAAGAAUUUCCCAUUUUCAGCUCCAGAAAGGCUUUCCGGUGACUUUUCUCAACGACCUCAAUGACCAUCCAGAAGUCCGCCGUGCGACGACGACUGUAGACGCCAAGAAUGGGCCGGAUCCGCCGGUUCAGGGCAGCGAAAGUUCGCAGGAGGCGUCGCCGCCACGAAGUGGCCGGAGCGACAGUCCCUCGGUGGCCGGCAAGUUCGACCAGACCAUGGAACGCGUCAUAGGUCCGGCUCUGAACCUUUUCUUCUUCUUCUGAUUUGAGAUUCCAGACUUGAUAUAUUUGGUCUGUUUUCAUUAGGAAUAAUCCGUUUGAACUCUUAAGAGUUCACUUUGAUCCUUAGUAUAAGGAGGAGCAUAUUAAAAGACAAUUUUGUAUUGGAGGAAUAGGUAAGAGAACUGAACUUGUUCUUCUUAUGAUUUAAAACUCAAAACAUGAUAUCUUCUUUCUGCUUUCUAACAAUAAUCAGUGUGAGCCCGAAGUUGUUCACUUUGAUCUGAAUCUUUAAAAAGGCCAAAUGAAGAUCUUAAUCAAUAUAUUCUCGGAGUGAAAGAUGAUUAGUAUUAGUUGGUUCUAACCUUGUAUGAAAACUUUUUUGAAGCCUAACUGUAUAUUUUUCUAAGGAUUCCGUGUGAUGAUUGAACUGAAAUUCGGAAUCAAAUUUUGUCUCAAAGAAAAAAAAAAAUAUAUAAAUCUGACCUUGAUAAUAUUUGAAAUUCGAAGCACCAAGAAAAGAUCUCUGCAGCGACCUCGUCACUGUUUGCCAACUCCGGCGAUCCCAACCACUUGGUUUCGAACUUGUUCCGCACCGAGGCGCAGCAAGAGCGCAAGGUUCCAAUUAAUGCUGCCUCCCAGCGUAUAAAUCAUGAAAAGGCUCAGAUUCAAACAAAGAACCUGAAGCGGAAUUGUAAUCUCGACCAUGGCGACUGCAUCGUUUGUAAAUUGUGUGACAGCAAAAUCAUGGUUUCCAGGUGGGAAAUUGUGUCUUUUUCAAUGAUAUAAUCGAAAUGCGCUUUUGAGGUAUUCAAACUUGACGAAUCACGUUCGCCGUCACGCUUCUGUCAAACAAUAUCAAUGCCAAUACUGCGUUUAUCAGAACAAUGAACAGGCAAAGGUUAACUUACGAAUAUUUAUCGUGUUGUGAAAAAUUGUUUAGUUAUUUACUCCCCAAAAAUUGCCUUUACUCUUGAGUGUAACGGUGAUUUUGCUCCGGUAACCCCUAUAGGGGAAGUAAAAUGGUCCCUGGAGGGGAAUCUUUAAGGGACCCCUCUGGAGUUCCUACUGACACUAGAAUCGCUCAGAAAAUAUCCGGGGCUUGUCCGUUUUUGCGUUGCCAAGGUCUGAGCAGCUUUGGAAGUUUUAAUUUCUUUUAAAAGAGGCGGAAACUCAGACGAAAAGCUUCUUGAAACAAUUUAUCGGUUUUAUAAGUGAAGGAAAUAUUUUCAGUCUUUACGAAAAUUUCUGGAAUUUUAAGAAAACCUUAAUUUUCAAGGUAGUUCACAUUAACUAGAAAAACCAUUGAACAAAAUAGUCUACAGGUGCGACUUCACAUGUCCAACCAACACGAGGACACCGUCCUUCAGCCAAUCGAUAAACUCAAUCCGAAAAUGCAGGAGAUUUGGAAUAAUCUCAUGGAGCAGUGUUUUCCUGGCUAUGGAGGGCUCAUGGCCAACAGAGUACGUUUUCGGAUUGGAAAAAAGAUCAUUUGUUCAUGGACCCGAAGACAUACAGUUGAUGUUUCACAGUCUUGAGAAAAAAUAAGAGCAUGAGAGAGGAAAAACUUUGAUAGCUGCAGCUUCCUUUUCCGAGUUAUUUAAAAUUCAAGUCAAAGCCUUUCUGAAUUUCCUCAUACAAAUUCAGCUUUCGAAGCUGGUUUGUUUGAAUCGAAGGUUUCCGUCCUAUGAACCCCUCACUCACCUUUAAAAGAACUAUAUGAUAAAUUGAAAAAGAACUCAAAUCAAACCUUCAGGAGUUUGGCAAGAGACGAAGAAGCGCUUCGCCAGUCGGUGAGCCUUUCCCGUGUAUUCCCUCGGCUUCUGCUGCUCCGGCUCCUGACCCGGCGACGACGACCGUCCAUCUGCGACGUCGUGGCCUUGGCUCCCUCUCCUACCAGUGUUGCUACUGCGACUUCCAGAGUAACGACCAGGUUAAGGUGGGUUUUGGAUCGAUUGACUUGUUCCUCCAGGUGUUAUUGGUUGACUAGGGUAAUAAUCCUCAAUAAGAGUGUUCUGAAAAUGUUUAGAGAAAAUACCUACCGCUUAUAAUCCGUUCGCCGUGACUUGAAACGGCUUGAUUUCUCUGCGCCCUCUUCGUCUCUCGACGGCGCUCACAUUUUCACGUGCUAUUUUCAUGUUCUCUGACCUCGUCGAUGAGGGAAUGAGAGACGCAGACAGGCAGAAAGUUUCAGUUCGCGGCGAAAUCGCUAUUGUUCUCGAGCAUCCAGCUAUCAGCUUCUGAUGUUCUUCUCUGAAUUUAUUUCUCGAAAAAUUUAGGGUCUUCGAUUAAAACAUCAACCAAUAUUAUGUCCAAGCUUCAGUUGAAAAAAAAAUCUAAAACAGCUUCCUUAAUUAAUAUUUCAUACACCACUUUUUCUUCCACUUUAAAUAAUUUUGUCAGGUUCACAAGCACAUGACGAGCGCCCACGAGGAGAAGACGAAAGAAGCCGGGAAAGGACGAUGGGACGCGCUUCUGGAGCAGUGCUUCCCUCCGAACAACGCCGCCGCCAAAGCCGAUCCCACGGCCAACGACAAGGCCGCCGCGUCGCCGUCCGUCUCGGAGAACUCGAACUCUUCACUCGGAGCGCCGGAAUCCGAGGAGGUCAUCCCGAAACCUCUGAAAAUCCACAAGUGCAUGGAGUGCGAGAUGGUCGUCCCGGUGCCCGAAGGCCCUCCGGCCACUGUCGUGAGCUUUUCGAUUUUUUAUUUGUGGAAAUAUGUUUUACGUUUAUCAGUUUGAAUUCAGACAAAUAUCUAUUUAAAUCCCAAAAAGCAUAUUUAUGUCAAAAUUUCAUCAGAAAAAAGGCUUGAUUCAAGUUUUUAGUGAAGAUUGAUACCUAAAAAGUACCAUUUUCAACCCUGGAAAAGUUUGCUUUCCUGGUUCAAAGAGAAAAACAGUUUGUAUAACGUCAUUUUAAGCUCUAUCAAACGAGAAUAUUGAACUUCUACAUUCUUUAUUUGGAUGUUGAAUCAAUUCAUAUGACCCGGACUUUUGAAAAAAUUCAAGUUUUCAGGUGGAACCUUUAGCUUCACACCUGCAAGUCUACCACCACGAAGACUGCCUACCGUUUACCUGCGACGAGUGUGGUUAUAAAAAUGCUGAACAGGUUAUUUAUUUUCCAGGCUAAUAAAUUAUAUCUUGAAAUUCUCAAACUUGACAAGUUUUAAGAAUCAAAAAAACACUGUCAGAGAAUACUACCUGAAUCCGUUAAGGUACGCUUUUAUCAGACUUUGAACUUUAGUUUCUCUAAAAAUUAGAAAACUUGAGACUUCCAGAACCUUCAUUUGGUGCAUUAAGAAGUAACUUGGCCAACUUUUACGAAAUUCCCCAAAUAAAAUUACCUGCCUUCUCAACUAGAUAUUUUUUUUCUAGAACUAUUCCUCUUUGGAAUAAACUAACUUCUUAUUUAGAUUUUAACGUUACCCCAGAAACUCUGCGUAAAAAGUUGAACGCUCUUCCGUUUGAAGCCUUUCAUGAAAAUAUCCCCUCUCGUCUCCUUUGAAUUUGUCAUUUCCGGGUACCCGUCAACUCGUUGGGGUUGACUCUUUCCCGUGUAUUAUUAUUUCUCUGCCUAUUCCUUCACUUGAUCAUUUAUUCUUCAAUUAUUUUUUUUCUGUCAAAUAACGGCAGUGAAUAAACUAUAUAUAUUACUAUAUAUAUUGAAAAAGUUUGAAGAGAGAUUUUUUUCAAAUCUUCUGGAAAAACUAAAGGACAACUUUCAGUGGAAAGUCCGCUGGCACAUUUCUGUACGACACUCGACCAGCGCCGCCGAAAUCACCGUCUCAAAAUCGCCGACCGCCAUUUUCCAUCUCUUCAUCAAAAAAUACUUCCCCAAAGCCUUUGAAAGUAAGGAACUACGUUCGUCCCGACUUUUUCAGUUUUGGUCGCAAAGGGAAUGGCUCAAAGCUACUAAUUUAUCAAACGAGUUGCAUUAUUUGAAAAAUAUUGGUAAAUUUGAAAAUAAGUCGUUUCGAAACGUUUUGAGCAAUCCCAAUUAUGGACUUAUGAUUAAAAUUUUUCAACCUAUGAAUAAUGGAGUUUACGAUUUUAAUCAAGAGUCGAAUUUCAGUUGAACUUGACGAAGAAGAAGAGGAGCUGCUCCGCAAAUCUACAGACUUUAAGAAAGAAGAAGAACCAAAGAAAGCCGAGGAGCCGCCGAAAAAGCGGAAAAAUCGCCGCAAAAACCUAUGUUAA